AUGGUUUGUGAUGCCAGAUUCAGAAUUACUAACGUGGUGGCAAAGUGGCCUGGGAGUGUUCACGACAGUCGUAUUUUUAGGGAAUCUGAACUGUGCAGGAAAUUUGAGAAUGGGGAGAUAAACGGGCUUCUACUUGGCGACUCAGGGUAUCCAUGUCGAUCAUACCUGAUGACGCCUUACCUAAACACACAAACAGCCGCUCAAGAGAGAUACAACAUAGCAUUAACAAAAACAAGGGUUCUUAUUGAACAGACUUUUGGUGUGUUGAAGAGAAGGUUCCCUUGCCUAUCAUACGGCUUGAGAACCGAAACUACGAGUGCGCCUCAAGUAACAGUGGCUUGUGUUGUGUUACAUAACUUUGGGAUGGAUAGAGGAGAUAUUUUAGAAAGAAUGGUAGACGAGCCUUUUGAGCCACCAGAAGCUGAAGUAGACAUAAACCAGGCUGGGGCCCGUUGUAGGGAUGUAUUUGCAGCAACACAUUUUGCUUAAGGUCUAAAAACUUAUUUGCUUCCAGUAACAUGCUCAAAAAAAUUAGGGUAGGUAUGUAGGAAUUUUUUUUUUUUAAUUUUUUUUUAUUAAGGGAGACUUUCUGAAAUUAUUUUUGUGUCAAAAAUGAAUACAAAUAAGGUUAUGCCUUUUGAGCAUAAGAAGUUGAUUUUUAACAUCACUGACCAUGUUUAAAGCACAACGGGCCAAAAGGUUUGGGUAGGUUGGGAUACUGGAAACAAACAUUUUUUUUAUGCCUUAUGACUAAACACAUCACAUAUCUAUCAAAUUUUAUUUAAUGUUAAGGUAAUUAUGCAUGUUGUCUGUGCUGCAAUUUUUAACAGUGGCAUGCAGGUUUAGGUCUUCAUGCUAGAAAGAAUUUGACAUUGAUGUUGGUGUCCCUAUGUACAUGCCAAAACAAGGCCUUCAAUUAAUGAUAGAUGUCCAGUGUCCUUUUCUGAGUAUAUCUGAUAAA